GACGAGAUUAAUCUUCACACAGAAAAAAAGUACCAAAAAGAUUUAAAAGUUGGAGAGGGUACCUAUGCUGUUGUCUACAGAGGUAAUGAUAGUCUCUCUACGGGGAGAAAGGUCGCUAUUAAAAAGAUCAAGAUGGGCCAGUUUAAAGAUGGUCUUGAUUUGACUGCAAUUAGAGAAGUUCGGUACCUUCAAGAGCUGAGACAUUCUAACGUGAUCGAGCUUGUUGAUGUAUUUUCACACAAGACCAAUUUGAAUUUGGUUCUUGAAUACCUGGAUUCUGAUCUGGAGCAGGUUAUCAAGGACAAGUCUAUACUGUUCAUGCCUGCUGAUAUCAAAUCCUGGUUACUUAUGAUCCUGCGUGGCCUUGACCAUUGUCAUCGUCAUUUUAUUCUUCACAGAGAUAUGAAGCCAAACAACUUGUUGCUUACGCACGAUGGUAUACUCAAAAUUGCAGAUUUUGGUCUGGCAAGAGAAUGGGGUGAUCCUGGACGACAGAUGACAUCCCAAGUAGUUACAAGAUGGUAUCGAUCACCAGAACUAUUAUUUGGUGCCAAAGAGUAUUCCUAUUCUGUCGAUAUCUGGGCAGUUGGAUGUAUAUUUGCAGAACUUAUGUUGAGAACUCCAUAUGUGGCCGGUGACUCUGAUAUGGAUCAGUUAACAAAGAUUUUCCAUGCUCUGGGAACCCCAACUGAGACAGAUUGGCCAGGAAUGUCUACAUUGACAGACUAUGUCCAAUUCAAAGUGUUCCCAAAGGUUCCUCUGAGACAGUAUUUUACAGCUGCUGGUUCAGAUGCACUCGAUUUGUUAGACAAAAUGUUGGUGUUUGAUCCUAAUAAGCGAUGGACAACUGAAGAAUGUCUUCAACAUUCAUAUUUUAGAAACUCGCCUCUUCCAACCACUCCAGAGAAGCUUCCUCGAAAGGCUCCAGAUGUGGAGCAA